AUGGCCGAAGCCAACAACGACGCCCAGCAUGAGAUGUCCUUCGACAGCGCCGAUGCCGGUGCUUCGCUCACCUUUCCUAUGCAGUGCUCCGCAUUGAGGAAGAACGGCUUCGUGGUGAUUAAGGGCCGCCCAUGCAAGAUCGUCGACAUGUCCACCUCCAAGACCGGCAAGCACGGUCACGCCAAGGUCCACUUGGUCGCUACCGACAUCUUCAACAGCAAGAAGUACGAAGAGCUCUGCCCAUCUACCCACAACAUGGAUGUCCCCAACGUCUCGCGUCGCGAGUUCCAGCUUCUCGAGAUCACCGACGACGGUUUCCUUUCCCUCCUAACCGACAGUGGUGACCUGAAGGAGGACGUCAAGGUUCCAGAAGGCGAGCUUGGUGGCAGAAUUAAUAAGAUGUUCAAAGUGGACGAGAAGGACACCAACGUCAUCAUUCUUACCGCCAUGGGCGAGGAGUCCUGCAUCGAUGUGAAGGAGGCUCCCAAGGGCGCUUGA